AUGGGAAAGCGUGUACAUCCUCAGUGCGAGAUCUCCUACAAUGCCACGAAGAGUAAAGAAAAAUUGAAAGCAGCGGCAUAUAAAUAUAGGCGGUGCAAGUCCCCGGAAAAACAGUCCGGCCUCCGACCUUGGCCGCGUACUACUUAGUUAUCUGCUCUCUAAUUCAUUAUCUUUAGGAUUGAAGAAUUUCUGCAGAGAAUUGAGCUAAUGGGUGGAUUUGGAUGCGUUCCAACCAUGCUGAGGCGGCCGAAGAAGUCUCGAUCAAGGCCUUAUUCAAAGAGUGUACAUCCUCAAGCUCGUUCGCAAGAUUCUGAAGAAACUCAGUGCUAUGACUCAAAGCUGUACUCAACAACUGCUGAGAAUAACAAUUCCCUGAAGGCGGUGACUCGGGCUCUUGCACAUGUUGGUCUCGACUCUUCCAAACUUAUUGUGGGUAUCGAUUUCACAAAGUUCAGUGACUGGGCAGGUGAAAAGUCAUUUAACAGAAGAAGCUUGCAUCACAUUGGGGACAGUCCAAAUCCCUUUGAACAGGCGAUAUCCACUAUUGGAAAAACCUGCGCUCCUUUUGAUAAUAUAAUCCCCUGUUUUGGCUUUGGAGAUGCGACAACUUAUGACAAUGGUGUCUUCAGUAUAUGUCCGGAUGGCAGACAUUGCGAUGGUUUUGAAGAAAUAUUGACAGCCUACAAGAAAAGUGUUCCUUCUCGGCGACUGGCAGGUCCAACUUCAUUUGCACCUAUAAUUGAAAAGGCCACGUCAAUCGUUGAGAAGAGUGGUGGCCAAUUCCAUUUCCUGCUGAUAAUUACGAGCGGCCAGCUUGGUGUGCAGAAGCAGAACACAUUUGAUGCCAUCGUUGAAGCAAGCAAGUUCCCUCUAUCAAUUAUACUAGUUGGUGUUGGUGAUGGGCCCUGGGACAUCGUGAAGAAACUUGGUGACUCUACUCCUAGUCGGUUAUUUGAUAAUCUCCAAUUUGUGAAUUUUACAGACAUUAUGACAAAGAAUGUGCCACCUUCGAAAAAGGAGGCUGAAUUUGUACGAGCAGUUCUGAUGAAAGUUCCUUCUCAGUAUAAAGCAACAAGAAACUUCUCUAUGUUGGGUGGUCAGACUAGCAAUUUUUCGCAGAGGGUUUCUCUUUGUCCUCCUCAUUAUAGAGAAAGGAGUUCUGUUACCACGGCUCCAACUGUUGUCAGAUCUACCGAUGAGAAUGAGGUUUGCACCAUCUGCUUUGCUUAUUCAGUGAACAUGGUCUUGUAUUGCGGGCAUCAGAUAUGUGGCGAAUGCAAACCACAAAUUUAUCAUUGCCCAUGGUGUCGAAUUCAAGUGGGGACCGAAGAUUACAAAUUGAUAUAGGGAUUUGAAAAGUUUUAAUUGCAGCCGUACCAACCGGAGAGCAUAUACAACUCAUCUUUUUGGUGCAGACAUUUUUCGAAUCUAUGCGAGUGAGUUCAGAAAUAAUAUUUCGUACUAGUGGCUAUAUUGAUUGGGUCUUAUUGCGGCCCUCUAUUUAUUUUUUAUUAGAUAAAAUGUGAUUGUGCAGAUUCAGAUUGUAUUUGUUUUAUGGGGUCAUAUGGUCUGGUUUGAGUCAAAUAUUACACAGUUAAGAGCAAUUCCAGCGUGUGAAACCUC